AUGACUGAAGAAGUGAAUACCGUACCAACUUUGGCUCAAGUGUCAGUUGGUGCGAGUUCUGAAGUUGUCCCUGUUCCCACAGAAUCGCUAGGAGCUAAUGAGAUUCUUCUGCUUACCACUGGUGAAUUUGAAACUAUAGAUGAGUUGCAAGUAUUAGAAGGGUUGGAUUCUACCAUACAACGGAUAAAACAGCUUCGUCAGAGUCACAUAGAUGAAAUCCAACAUCUGAUAUCCCAACUUAAAUUAGAACUUGCAAGAUUAGAUCGGGAAUUUCAGAUGAUGACCAGACUUCAAGUCGCAAACACUGCUGUUUUGGCUCAACUAACAAAUGUAGGGACUUCUACACUCGAAUCUAUUUUAGGUGAUGCUGAAGUAGGAGAAGUGAUUCCCUUGUUGAAGAGAAAGGCACGUGAAUUGGCAGAUACUCGAUUACAAAUUAGUGAUAGUAUAAAUCAACUUGAAGGGUCCAUCACAUCUUUAGCUUUAGAUCGGUCCAAGUUUGUACGUCAAGUGGAACAAGCAAGAGAAAAUUUGGAACAAUCCACUGGCAAGGAGUUGCUACAAUUAGUUUCAGGUUAUCCCAAUUCCAAUAACCAAAUUAAUGAAAAUCGAAUGAUACUGGCCGUUUUACAGAUCAACCUAAUUAAAAAUUUAGGAGGUAAAUUACUGACAGUUGUUAAUGACGAUGGCUCAGAGCAAGAUGUGGUGGCUAUAUAUAAUAAAGAAAAGGAUUCUACAUGGCUAUUGAAGGUGGAUGGAAGUCAUAGUGAUCAUUUCAUAGCGAAUUAUAUCUGGGAUCGUCUAAGUUAA